CACGGGGUGGGUGUUGCGCUAUGUGAACUAUUUGCAAAGUCAGGCGCUUGUGAAAUCGAGCUUUGUAUUUUCAUGUAGCUGUAUUUUGUUCUCUGCCUGUCUCAACUCGGCGGUACAGGAGGUCGCCAUGGAGCAAGAAUUCAGGAGGACUGCAGUCAAGAAAAAGAUAAACAUUUCUCUCCCGAGACAGCAGUUGCUAUCGGAAACCGAUGGAGAAAGAACACUCGCUUUUCAGUCAAGGAAAACAGCCAACACGGUCAACCAUUUAAACACUUCAGCAUCAGGGCAUAGACCUAGUCUGCCGGAUAUUUCCAAAGCAGUUCAGCAAAACUUCAGGAGUAAAGCAGGAAACAAUGUUCAGGAAGUAAAUGGGAAAGCUACCCCAAGUAAAUUCACAUCACACACGACAAAUCCAAAGCCUCAAGUGCCUCGCAAACCUUCACUUCUUCAGAAUUCAGCAAGAAAACAAACAAUCCAAACUCCUGCAAACAAGGUACUACACAGUUCGAGGACAGAAAUGGAGACCUUACCUUCCAACUCAUGCAAGGAGAAAGCUGGCAAGGUGUCUGACCUCAUAAAUCGGUUUCAAGGAGGCAGUCCAGCAAGUUCUAAUGAUGAGAAAAAAAUUGCUCAGAGUGGGUCACGAUCUCCCAGAAGUGCAAGAACUUCAAUUCAUUCUCAACCAAAAUGCCUGUCUGACCACCCUAUACUUCAGCGACAGAAGGUGGACAGUGUGAAAUCAAAUCAUGCUACAGAAUCAGCUCCAGAUACAGAGGUUCAGCCAGCCAAUGGACUGGUAACGUCACUUCCAAAAGAUUGCCAAAACAACAGUCCUGAAGCCAGCAUUUGUAUAACUGAUUCAGAGAUGGACGAUAAGCAACCAAACAAGAAAAAAAAGGCUGCUACUUUAAAUCUAUUGCCAUCCACUGAUCCAUGCACAAGGGCAAAUGACCCCCAGAAUCCAAAUAGGAAGCACACUGACAAGUCUCAUGUAGAAGCACAGAACAUUCUGAAAUCAAAUAAAAUUUUGAAUGGAGCAACCCAAGAAGAGGACAACAAAAUUAAAAAACAUGAAGAAAGAAAGGAGACAAAUGAAGAGAAGCUGUAUAACAUUGCUAAUGAGCUUCUGCUAACAGAAAAGUCUUAUGUCAGCAGACUGCAUCUCUUAGACCAGGUUUUCUGUGCUAAACUGCUAGACGAAGCCAAUAACAAGGGUUCCUUUCCUGCAGAGGUAGUGACUAAAAUCUUCUCCAACAUUUCAUCCAUUUACACUUUCCACAAUCGGUUCUUGCUGCCAGAGCUGGAAACACGCAUGAAACUUUGGAAUAGCACACCGCAAAUAGGGGAUAUUUUGCAAAAAUUAGCCCCAUUUCUGAAGAUGUAUGGCGAAUAUGUGAAAAACUUUGAAAAAGCCAUGGGGCUACUGAAAACCUGGAUGGGCAGAUCACCACAGUUCAAAGCCAUUGUUGAAGAAAUUCAGAAACAAGAGAUCUGUGGUUCUCUCACGAUACAACAUCACAUGUUAGAACCUAUCCAGCGAAUUCCUCGCUAUGAAUUACUCCUCAAGGAUUAUUUGAAGAAACUACCACAGGAUUCCUUGGACAGGAAAGAUGCAGAAAAGUCCCUUGAAAUUAUUUCCACUGCAGCCACGCACUCAGAUGCUGCAAUCCGUAUGAUGGAUAAGAUGAAGAAACUGAUUGACGUGUAUGAAAUGUUAGGAGGUGAAGAGGAAGAUAUUGUUAAUCCAUCAAAUGAACUGAUAAAAAAGGGGCAAAUCCUUAAACUGGCUGCUCGCAACACGUCUUCACAAGAAAGAUAUCUUUUCUUGUUAAACAACAUGUUGCUGUACUGUGUUCCCAAAUUCAGCUUGGUGUUCACACGAUAUUCUGUUCGUACAAAAAUCGGCAUUGAAGGCAUGAAGGUCAUUGAGACUCAUAACAAAGAUUACCCAAACACGUUCCAGGUUUCUGGAAAGGAACGGACACUAGAGUUGCAGGCUAGCUCUGAUCAGGACAAGGAGGAAUGGAUAAAGGCUCUAAAGAGCACCAUACAAGAUUUUAAUCAGAAGAAUGAAACUUUCAGGUCUGCAAUUGCCAAGGAAGGGGAGGAGCAGGCUCCAGAAGUUUCGACUGCGGAACUGGGAAUGAGGGCACCAAGAUGGAUUCGAGACAAUGAAGUUACUUUAUGUAUGAAAUGUAAGGAGCCCUUCAAUGCACUGACUAGGCGAAGACAUCAUUGCCGUGCUUGUGGAUAUGUUGUAUGUUGGAAGUGCUCUGAUUAUAAAGCAAACCUAGCAUAUGAUGGGAACAAGCCCAGCAAAGUAUGUAAAGACUGUUAUAUCAUAAUAACAGGACAAACUGACAGUGAGGAGAAGGAUGAUAAAAAAAAGAAAGGAAUUCUCGAGAUUGAGGCUGCUGAGGUCUCAGAAAAUUGCAUCAUCUGUGACUUUCUUCACUAUCUAGAGAAACCUACUAAACCUUGGCAGAAAGUGUGGUGUGUGGUGCCCAAGAAUGAGGGAUUGGUUCUUUAUAUGUAUGGAGCUCCCCAGGAUGUGAAGGCACUGGCCACUAUUCCUCUUCUUGGCUACACAAUAGAAGACAAUCCAAAGGGUGUUGACAUGUCUCAUGUGUUUAGACUUAAACAGUCGAGAUUCAUCCAUACUUUUGCUGCAGACUCUAAUGAUCAGAAACAACAGUGGCUGAGAAUCAUCAACAUGGCUGCAAAGGGAGAAAUACCAACUGACAAUGAUGAUGUUGGUAGUGACGACUCCUCUACUUGGCGACUGAGCAGCCAGUCUGAGGUAGACCAAGCUACUAACAGCUGACAUGGAGGGUCAUACUCAGUGACAAUUCCUGAAGCAUGAGCGAUCCUUUAUGUGCAACAAAAAGUCAAAUUAUUCCUUCAAAUGAAAUAAUAUAUAUUCACUGUAUCUGUUGAUGUCUUCAUCCUGAACUAAUUCUGCAGCAGUCACAAACUGUUUGUUCAGUCACACUUGAAGCUUUUCAUCGAUCUCCCUCAAACAUCCAUGAAUCCCUAAGGACUAUCCAGUAUCAACUUUCUAACACAAAAUACCAGGGUAAUUAAGUCAGAUUUAAAUUGAGGCAGUCUCAUUAUGAAUUUCUUCUCUGUUUAAUUACUGUCAAUACAAAAUUUGAUAUUUAUGAAAUCUGAAGUUCUGAUUGAUAUCCCAGAUACCUGUGUCUCCCAAUUUUGUUUUAAAUGUGCUUUCAACAAAAAAAAAACUCAUCUAAGCUAUUUUAGAGAAUAUUGAUCUCUGUGCUUAGGCAUUAUUUCUCAGUCUUCUAAAAGAUAUUGACCUUUGUGUUAUAACAUUGCAGAGAUUUAACAUAAUUUAUUUUUAAAGCUGAGUAUCCCUUCAUUGCCUUCAUCAAUGUAGCAGUUAAGCAAAUUCAAAGAAUUUGUGGAUAUUUAUGUGCAUCUGGUGGUAAAAGUUUAACUAGUUUUGAAAUGUAAAAUGAUUGAAGGUGGUGGACAGGAAUCGCAAUAACUGCUGCACUACAGAAUGGCAAGUACUAUCAUUACACAGUGUAAAGAGAAGGUUAAUAUUUGAUUCCUGAGAGAUUAUUUAAGGAAAGUGAACCCCUGUCCCAGAUGCAUGAACUGUUAAUUGAGAAUUGAGUAUAGCGCAGGUGCCAUUUUGUUGUUGUUGAUUCAGUUUCUCAGCACUAUUGGUAGUGUCCGAGGAGUAGGACAAUUACUCAGCUUCUUGUUGUGAAUAGCACAUGGAGACAUGAGGGUCACUUCAUGUAAGAUGGGAGGAAAUUUUAACCAAGGCAAUCAUUCAUCUCAUAUAGGGAGCAAAAAGAUAUAUCUAUACAAAUGUCAAUUUCAAUUUCUCUAAAGAAUAGAGACAAAGAUGGUAACACACUAAUACAGAGGGUAAAAUGAUGGCAAACAAUAUAACCCAUAUUGUCUCUAACACCUUUCUGAUGUAAAUAUGUAUAAAUUCUCAACCUUUUUACAGUGAAGUUAUGAAAUUGAGUGACAGUUUUAAGUAUUUUAUAAUAGACCAUAACACAAGACUCUCACUGACCUAUAAUGAAAGAUGAUGUCGGAAAGAAACAGGAUUUCUAGUUAUGGAAUUUCAAUAUGGGUUUAUGACAAUAUUUGUCAUAUCCUGCAACAUGCAUUAUUUUCAGACUUCAUUUAUAAAAGCUGAUAUUACAAGCAUGCAUCAAAUCACUGGCAAAUUUGCCUAGACCACUGAUCACUCCAUUUAAAUAGUAAAAUGUUAAGAGCAUGUGGCAAGAAUUGCAAGUAUCUGAAAUUACAUUGCAUGAAAUGACAAAACAGUGGGUCUGUCAUCAGGUAGUAAGUUAGUACCUGCUCCCUGUGCCAAGUUCUGAAUUGUAAAAGGAUCAGAAGGGAUACUUCAACUUUAAUUCCAGUGCUGCAUUUGUAUUUUUGUGUGUAGAGCUGGAUUUGUUUUAGGGAGUUGUUUUUUCUGGAGAUGCAACUAAAUUGAAUUCAAUGACCAAACUAGAUAUUACUUCUGAAAUGACACCAUUUUAUGUUAAUGUCUAAUAGAAGGGAUAUGAUGUGUAUUCUUGAAAGGUCAUAAUGCAAGUUGCAACAUCACAGAAGUAAAAACUUCCUCCGUUGGAUGACUAACAAAGUCCAAAUCUGUAUAAGUUUCUGGAAUUUUCCUGAUUCCUAAGUCAUUUAGUGAAGCAAAUAAAAUAGUUUGCAAGUACUUUUCCUUGUAACUGGUGCCCCUUAAAAUGAAUAUUUCAGUCUCUAUAACACUACCUUUUUAAACAGAAAGCACUGAGGAAUUUGUCAUGGUCUUUGUUUCCCAAAACUAUCAUGACAUCUUCUGCCAAUGCCUAUCUGCUGUUCUAAAGAAUUUCUAACAUUGUAAGAUGUUCCAGCAUUCCCCAACAUGCUCCGCACUAUUUGGAGCCUUCUGACUAUAUUUUUGCACCACAAUUCGCAACCAUCAGGGUUGCUCCCUGAGCAAAAAUGUUAUUUGAGACCAUUACUAUGGAUCAUCAAAAUAUCACCUGUCAGCCACAUUUCAGGUUAGAGGUAGAUGAACUAUGUAGUGAUGUUUAUACACUCCAUUAAGAACAGAAAUACAGCUAGCUUUAACUUUAUUUCAUACAGCAAAAAGAGCAUUUUAAAACAAAUUUUCCACUGAUCACUUGCAAUAAUCACCAUCCUCAUUUUCAUCCAGUAAAAUUAAGAAAUGCACAUAUGUAGUUUUCCCUUUUGUUCCACAUUAUCUAUGCUAUUGGUAAGUGCUAUGAAUUUUGAUAUCCAUUUGCUCCAUACUGCAGACAAUGCCUCUAAAUGGCUGCAACUGUAAUUGCAGGACUUGUUUUUGUUUCAAAUGUUGUUCUGCAGUAUUUGUUACCUGGUCACUACCCUGCUUAAGCUAUAUUAGCAAUUGAACGUUUUAGUAUACAUUGACUGCAUCUUGAUACUACACUUUUAAUUUAUAGCUAAAUUGAAAUGAUUUGUAGGGUCUUGUUAAUAUUGUCAAUCAACUGGCAGAAGAAAAUUAUGUAUAUACAUUUUGGUUUUAAAUUUCCAAUCAGCACAGUAUUAAAACUGAAUUAAUACAUGCACACUAUAUUAUAAAAUUGUUUAAAAUGUGUUAUUCCUAAUAGUAUUGUAUGCCACCUUGCAUGAUUCCUGAUACAGACAGGUAAACGGAACCCACAGAUCACUAUCCGCGGUAAUCCAUCAGCUCUCAUUAAGUGAUAGUUUGGUUAUUUGUUCAGUUUCUUCCUCAUCUCUGAGAAGAAAUGCCUCAGACUUGCCCAAUGAUGAUCAAACUUGCCUAAAGAAGAGUUUGAAAAACAACUUGCCAAGUGUUUGAACUGGCUACCUCGAUCUUGGGAGUCAAGUGCCUUCAAAACUUGGAUCAUUGUGCCAGCGAAGAGUUUUAGGCCAACUCCAAUAAUAUAUAGUUGUGAAUACAUGGUGUACUGUUAAAAGUUUAUAUGACAUGUCAGGUACAAAUUUAACAUUUCAAUAUUAAAAUUUAUAUAUGCUAAAUCUGACAAUGGUAGGAAAUUGACUGUUUUGGCUACCUAACAAAAUGAAACACGUUCAUUUGGUUUUAACCACAAAGUCAAAGAUAAAUUGGAAGUUGUUAAUUUUCUCAAUGCCACUGAGCUUUGCUUUAAAUGUUGAGGUUUUACAUUUUCAAAGCACUUGUUGAAUAUAUGGACUUGUAAAUGUCUAUGCUUGCAAAAUUUCUCACAACCUACCUCUGAUACCAUGUACAACUGCAACAGAACUUUGUCUCAUUCUGUAAACCUGGAGUUUGAGUGUAGAAACUUUGCAAAAAGUCUUAGCAGAAUUGAGAAAUUCAUUUUGGG